UUGCUGCACCAUUUUCAAGCUUGACCUCCAGUGAGGACGCACUCUUCGUGAGUCUCGCUUCUCAUUCAACAUUUGGCUCAUUGAAAGAGGUUCUUCAAUCUUGAUUGUAUUUUGUCAUCACGAAGAUCAAAUUACCGCCCACAUUAUGGAUUCCAUCAAGAAAAAGAUGCAGUCCUUGGCAACCGAGACUGCCAAGGCUGUCGAAACUGCCAACAAGUUCGAAGAGGAGAUCCGACGGACCAACGACAUCGCGGAUGGCUUCGAGGAUCAAAUACGAUCCAUUCAGAAGAAGAUGCAAACCAUGGAAGCCCAAUACGACGUCUGUUGUGAGAACAUGCUAGAUGUGGCCCAAAAGCUAGAGACCAAAGAGAAGCUCUUUGCCAGUGCUGAGGCUGAUGUGGGAGGUCUAAGCAGAAAACUACUUCUUUUGGAAGAUGAAGUGGACAAAUCCGAGGAGAGGCUAGCCAAGGCUAUCAGCUCACUUUGCCGAGAGUCCAGACGAGCCGACCAAGCCGUAAGGAAGCGACAGCACUUGGAGAAUUCUAACACGGUCAAUGAGGAGCAAAGUGAUAUCCUCGAAACUCAACUCAAAGAGGCCAGGUUCAUGUUAGAGGAUUCGGAGAGGAAAUUUGAGGACAUCUCGCGGAAAAUGGGCACGCUGGACACGGAACUAGAGCGCACCAAUGAAAGGGCCGAAAUGGUGGAGAAUAAGAUAGUGAAUUUGGAGGAGGAAUUGAAGGUCGUUGGACAGAAUCUCCAAUCCUUGGAAGUAUCGGAGGAGAAGGCAAUGUUAAGAGAGGAGAACUACCAGAAGCAACUGAAGGAAAUGCGUGAGAGGUUGAAGAUCAUCGAGAGCAGGGACGAGAAUGCUACAAUGAAUAUUGGCCGCUUGAACGUGAAGAUUGAUCAAGUGGAGGAGAGCUUGCUCGCCGAAAAGAUGAAGAUCAAGAAAGUGUCGGACGAUUUGAACCAAACCUUUGAUGACAUGCAUCUGACUUAAGCAAGCUCAUUACUUAUACUAACUAAUUACGGCAUAAUAUAUUUAACAAACUCACCUGGUUUGGUCUUCUCUCAGCAUGACUUCUAAUCUCAUUGAUAUUCUACUCCAG